AUGGCUGUAAUCGUGAUGGUGAAAUCGGUUGCUAUUUAUGUAGGGGAUGAGUUUAGAAUUGUACAUGUGCCGUCAUUAUGCGUCAGUGGCCGUGUAAUGAGUGGACUAGCGCAGCACACACGCCGAGUGGGAGCUGUACACAUUCCUGCGUGUGAAGGCGUGAAGCCACAGCACCACACCGCACCGCACCGCACCGCGCGAUCUACAAAGAGCACAUUAGUGUACGCGUCGCGCAGCCGUGAGCAGCGUAAUGAGCGCCACUACACUCUGAUACUCAACUCGAUGGUCAUGCAUUUAACGUACUGA